AUGUGUCCUAAAGGUUAUGAAGACAGCAUGGAGUUCCCAGACCACAGUAGACAUUUGCUGCAGUGUCUGAGCGAGCAGAGGCACCAGGGCUUCCUUUGUGACUGCACCGUCCUGGUGGGAGAUGCCCAGUUCCGCGCGCACCGAGCUGUGCUGGCUUCGUGCAGCAUGUACUUCCACCUCUUUUACAAGGACCAGCUGGACAAAAGGGACAUUGUUCAUCUGAACAGCGACAUUGUUACAGCCCCGGCUUUCGCGCUCCUGCUUGAAUUCAUGUACGAAGGGAAACUCCAGUUCAAAGACUUGCCCAUUGAAGACGUGCUCGCAGCUGCCAGUUACCUCCACAUGUACGACAUCGUCAAAGUGUGCAAAAAGAAGCUGAAGGAGAAAGCCACCACCGAGGCGGACAGCACCAAGAAGGAGGAGGACGCCUCCAGCUGCUCGGACAAAGUCGAGAGCCUCUCGGACGGCAGCAGCCACAUGGCGGGCGACCUGCCCAGCGACGAGGACGACGGCGAGGACGACAAGCUGACCCUCCUGCCCGGCAAAAGGGACUUGGCGGCCGAGCCCGGCAACAUGUGGAUGCGCCUGCCCUCGGACUCGGCGGGCCUGCCCCCGGCCGGCGGGGACGCAGAGCCACACGCCGCGGCAGCUGGAAAAACAGUGGCCAGCCCCUGCAGCUCCACAGAGUCUUUGUCCCAGAGGUCUGUCGCCUCCGUGAGGGAUUCGGCAGAUGUUGACUGUGUGCUGGACCUGUCUGUCAAGUCCAGCCUGUCAGGAGUUGAAAAUCUGAACAGCUCUUAUUUCUCUUCACAGGACGUGCUGAGAAGCAACCUGGUGCAGGUGAAGGUGGAGAAAGAGGCUCCGUGUGAGGAGGGCGAGGUGGGCGCUAAUGACUAUGACAUGGAGCAUAGCGCCGCGAAAGAGAGCGGGGGCGCUAACGCCCGCGGGCCGUACGAGCCGGCGCACCUGGCUCCGCUGCGGGAGGACUCGGUGUUGAGGGAGCUGGAGCGCGAGGACAAGGCCAGCGACGACGAGAUGCUGAGCCCGGAGCACGAGCGCGGCCCGGCCGAGGCGGCCGUGGACGGCGGCCUGCUGCCCUACGUGUCCAACAUCCUGAGCCCGGCCGGCCAGAUCUUCAUGUGCCCGCUGUGCAACAAGGUCUUCCCGAGCCCGCACAUCCUGCAGAUCCACCUGAGCACGCACUUCCGCGAGCAGGACGGGCUGCGCGGCAAGCCGGCCGCCGACGUCAACGUGCCCACCUGCUCGCUGUGCGGCAAGACUUUCUCGUGCAUGUACACGCUCAAGCGCCACGAGCGGACCCACUCGGGCGAGAAGCCCUACACGUGCACGCAGUGCGGCAAGAGCUUCCAGUACUCGCACAACCUGAGCCGCCACGCCGUGGUGCACACGCGCGAGAAGCCGCACGCCUGCAAGUGGUGCGAGCGCAGGUUCACGCAGUCGGGGGACCUGUACAGACACAUCCGCAAGUUCCACUGUGAGUUGGUGAACUCCUUGUCUGUCAAAAGCGAGGCCCUGAGCUUGCCCGCGGUCAGAGACUGGACCUUAGAAGAUAGCUCUCAAGAACUCUGGAAAUAA